AUGAAUUAAUUCCACUUAACAUAAUAGAAUUAGAUAACAAUAUAGAACCCUAAUAAUGGGACAGUCUAUUUUCUUUAUAAUAAAAGAUUCACAGACCAUAACUUAGAUAGAUAUGAAGGAGAAAUAAAAGAUACAAAAAGUAAAAUAUUAUGUGAUUGUUUAAAACAAUUUAGUGAUCAAUUUAUGAGAUGCUUAGAUGAAUUAAUUUCAAAUCCAUAAGAAAAUAUAAUAAAAUAUCAAGAUUUCUUUAUAGAUCCUUAUAAUAAAUUAUUGUAUGUGAUUUAUGAAUAUGUUGAUAAAGAAUCAUUCCUUAAUUAUUAAUUAUAGAAUUUAAAAUUAGAUGAAAAAUAAAAAUAUAAAAUUUGUAAUGAUGUUUCAAAAGGAAUAUAUUAUCUUCAUUUAAUCAGUUACAGACACAGAAAUAUAAACCCAGAAAAUAUAUGUUUUGCUGAAGGAUAGUAUAAAAUUACUCAUUUAAAUUAUGUUGUUCAUUUUGUUAUGAAAGAUAAAUUAGAUGUUGUUGGCAAUAGUUGUUAUUGGAGUUAAGAAUUACUAUUAAAUAAUGAUUAUAAUCAUACAAUAGAUAUAUUUGCCUUCGCUUGUGUAGCAUUUGAAAUCUUUACUCUAUAGAAAUUGUUCACUCCCUAAGACGAUAGAUAGAGGAUACCAGUAGGAAAAAUGCAAGAAUUUUAAAAAUUGCCUGUCAAAAUAUAAUAAUUUAUCAAUUUAGUUAUUGUAUAAGGAUAAAGAGAUUUAAAACCUUUCCUAGAAAAUUAGGCUUAACUAUUAGAAAAUUAAAAGAAAUAAGCAUCAUAGAUAGGAUAAUAAUAAUUUAGCUUUGAGAUAAAUAAGAAAUAUAAUAUAAAUAACAUGCAUAACAUAAAUAAUAAUAAUAACCCAAAUAACAUAAAUAACUUAAAUAACUAAACUAACUUAAAUACCUUAAAUAAUUAAAAUAAUAACUUAUAACCUUUUUAAAUUAAUUAAUUUCGAGACUAAAAGCGUCCAUCCACAGUACAAAAUUUUAAUUAAGCAUAAUUUGCUCAAAACAAAAUCUCUAAUUAACCAAAAUAACCAGAUGCUAUUGUAUAAUCAAGUGUACCUUAAUAGUAAGUACAAUUUUAAUCUUUAUAAAAUCAAUAACAUCAAAAUACGUUUGUACCAUUUUAAUUACAACCAUAAUAAGAUAGAUAACAAUAACCAAUCUAAAGACAAAUCACACCUCUAUCAACUACAGAUGCUAAACCUAAAAUUCCAGCUUUUCCCAAUCCAAUUAAUGAAAUUCAUUAAGUACCUUAAAUGCUUAAUCAAUAAUUUUAAUUUAAUUUGAAUUUUUCUCCUCCUAUCCUUUUGGAAACUUCAUAAAAUUUUCAUUAAAAAAAAAGUUCAUAUCCAAAUUUGAACGAUUACGACUAAAAUUAAGAUAUCUUUAAAUGCUAAAUUGAUACUUCAAAGGAAGAAAGAGAAAGAGAAUAACAAAAAAAAAAUUAAAUUUUUAAUGAAGUAUAGAAAUAUGUAAAGGUUGAAUAAUAAUAAAAACUAGCAACAGAUUGUUAUGAAUUAAAUAAAUAAAGUCAGGAUUUAAGCAUAGAAGAAAUGUUGGAAAAAAUUAUUAAGAAAAGAGUUUAAGAUAAUUUGAGUCUUACAAUUGUAUGA